CUGAAGAAAGAUGGAUGGAUGGUGGGACCUAAAUGCCAGCUCUUAUUCUGGGUACCACCGGCUUCUCAUAAACCAUUUUAUAGGCCUCGGACUGCAUUUGUGAUGCCCAGAGGUGUUGAGCUUGACUUGAGUUGCAUGGCACAUGGCUCACGCUGGCAGGACUGCUAC